GGCUGAGGACAUGCAGAUCAGCCUGGACCACCGAGGAGCGCUAUAACACACUGCACUAAACUACACACUCUACUCUACUCUACUCUGCACCGAAGCCACGCUGCAGUGAGGACGCGUCCUGAGGAACAGCGCGUGUUCCCUGUGUGUACUGUCUGCACCUUCCUGCAGUGUUUUCUACAACUUUCACACGGUCUCUGUUUAUUACAGACAGAAAUAUCAGGCAACCCAGAGCCCUAUUUUUGUUUUGAGAAAUCUUAAAAGUGUCCCGGUCAUUUCGCUUUUUUCUACGAUACGAUUUUCUUGUAGUAACGCUCUGCUUUCCAAAAGGCUGCUCUUACUGGAGGACCGACACCUGUUUCCACGAGUUUCCCCAAGCUCAGAGAGAGAGAGAGAGAGAUAAAAAGAGAGCGAGAGCGUGUGUGAAAGAGAGAGAGAGGUUGGUUCAGCGCUGCUCUGAUAUCUGAGGUGGGUUUUAUACACAUUUCUGAGACGCUCGUUCAAGGUCGUGGGAUUCUGCAGCACAGCGCCUUCACAAGUUUCAGAGAUUAUGAGGUGAUUUGGAAUGACGGCGCUAUCAUGUGGAAGAGUACCCCCUCAGCACGCUGCUCCCGUUUUCACCAUUCUAAUGUCGGCCCAAUGCCAGAGGAGGACAAGAGAUUGAGACGAGUGUGCUCUGCCGUUCUUCAGAGAUGAAUGACAUCUCUCCGAGCACUGCUACCAUGUUCCAUCAGCUGACUGAGAGUGCCCCGAAUGACAGCUGCUACUACAGUGAAUGCAACAGCACCACUGGGGAAGCGGCUCUGCAGCUGCCCACCUUCUCUGCGGCGGCCAAAGCCCGGGUGAUCAUCACCUUCACCCUGUGCGCCGUUUCGGCCGCGUGCAACUUGGCCGUGCUGUGGGCAGCCAGCACCAGCACCCGUCGCAAAUCACACGUACGCAUCCUGAUCAUCAACCUAACUGUAGCAGACCUGCUGGUCACUUUCAUCGUGAUGCCCGUGGACGCAGCUUGGAACAUCACGGUGCAGUGGCUGGCUGGUGACUUUGCCUGCCGGCUGCUCAUGUUCCUCAAACUGGUUGCCAUGUACUCAUGCGCCUUCGUCACCGUGGUCAUCAGCCUGGAUCGCCACUCUGCCAUCCUUAACCCUCUUGCCAUCAGCGAGGCCAAGAAGAAGAGCAAAAUCAUGUUAAGUGCUGCCUGGGCCAUGAGCAUUGUGCUUUCCGUCCCUCAGAUGUUCAUAUUUCACACGGUGACCAUCACAGUUCCUGCCAACUUUACACAGUGCACCACACGAGGCAGCUUCGUAAAGCACUGGCAAGAGACACUUUACAAUAUGUUCACCUUUGUCUGUCUGUUCCUGCUGCCUCUGGUCAUCAUGAUCUUCUGCUACACGCGCAUCCUGCUGGAGAUCUCUCAGCGGCUGUCCAAAGGAAACAUAUCUUCAAAAGAGGUCCACCUGCGCCGCUCCAACAACUACAUCCCAAAGGCCCGGAUGAGAACUUUGAAAAUGAGUAUCGUCAUCGUGACUUCGUUCAUUGUGUGUUGGACACCAUACUAUCUCCUGGGCCUGUGGUACUGGUUCCUCCCUGAUGACUUGGAGGAGACCGUUUCUCACUCUCUUACUCACAUGUUAUUUAUUUUCGGCCUCUUCAAUGCCAUUCUUGACCCCAUCACUUACGGCUUAUUCACUAUCCACUUUCGCAAAGGGCUAAAACGCUACUGCCGUGGCGCGACUGCUCUAACCGAGCUGGAAAACAACACGGUUCUAACUGGCUCUUUGAAAUGUUCACCGUCUCCUUUGUGCAAGAAAGGGUUGCAGAGGCAGAGCCAGAAAACGAAGGCUCUGGAAGGGAGAGAGGGUAAGAAGUCAGGGUCACAAAGAAGCAAUCUUGUAAUGCAUGAAAUGGAAGGUGGUCAGCCAAAUCUGUCCACUCAAGAAAGUGUUAUAUGACUGUUGGAUAAUGAAAUUCAGCUGAAAACCCCAAGCAUGUCGCUUGUCAUGGUGAGGAUUCUUGGAAUCCGCCCAGGACUUACUCUUCAGACUGAAGUGCAGUCCCACUCCUGAUGGCUUCAUAAGCACAUGCCCACUCCUGAUGGCUUGUUGUCUGUCUGUUUUUUGCCCCCAUCUCAUGCACUAUUGCACAUUUCUGGGAAGUGAAGCAUUUCAGCCUGAUUGUACGCAGAUGAUACGGCUGUUUUACUCCAUACAAGGCAAUGGGUUUUUAUUCACAUGCACACAGCAUAUGGAUUCAAGAUAUAUUACAAAUGCAAAUUGAAUGAAGGUGGAACCUCAGAUGAUUUCCUGAUGUUUAUUGGAGACCUUCAAUCUUGCACUGUCUGGAAUAUUACCCCCACCCUUUCAGAUUGACUAUUUAUUUGGGAUUUUCUGCAGAUAAUCUUCAAAGAGCAGGGCUUUGAAUCUAUAAUAGUACAUAUUGCAAUGCUAAUAAACACCAAGGCGUUGCUCAGAUUGCCGAUUGCAGAUUUAAACCUAAUAAUGAGGAGGAAUGUGUACUGCCUGUGGGACUAUAGCUUUAAAAUGAGAAUCUGCUGGUGAAGGGAAGAGUAGGUGAAUGUGUUAUAUGUACAAUUCUUCUCAGGGAGCGUGCUGCCUUCAUUAUUAAGGUACUGGAAUCCAACUGGAGACAAACUAACUGUAUAAUGUUUCUCAAUAGUGCCAUGUGCAAAUGUACUUAAAUAUACUUAAUUUAACGUGUUGUGAUCAUGUGAUCUGGCCUGAAUGUUCAUGUGUUUAUAAUGCACUUUUUUUUUGCGUCCACAUGUGGAAAACUUGUUUUUGUUCCUACAAUCUCCUUGAUCCAUAAGCUAGGAAAAGACAUUCUCUGAUGUGAGAGAUGGCUUUCUAAUGACAUCCCUGAAAAGCAUCUAAAAAUAACCUAAAGACCUCUUUAGGUCUUUUCUUUUUGCCUUGCUACAAAAGCAAAGAGAAAGGAUUUUUUUAAAUAUAUAAAUACAUUGAAAAAUGUCCAUCAUAACCAUUAACCUAAUGCAUUUGCCGGAGGCUCUUCUUCCAGAAUACUCUUCUGCAGCAGCCCAUAGCAUCCUGUAGUUAGGCUGGUUGCGCUCUUCAUGCCUCUGAAGGGUCUCUUUGGGCCACUGGCCUGCCUCAGCUGCAGGAAACGCAGAGAAAAUAUUGACGGGUUUUAGUCCUCCCUUAUUUCCACCCAAGCAUGAAAGACCCAAUCUGUUGUAUUGAAUGGAUGCUGGCAGUGAAAGAGAUAAGCAUGUGCCAGAGAGCUUGGCACAAACAUGCUCACAAGGCAACUCUUCAGCAGAUCACUUCUGAGCUUUAAGGCGCUUUAGGAAUGACAUGCUGGGCCAGUAUAUCAGCUUAAGAUGCUUCUCAAGGAACAGACAUGCUUAAGUGAUGUUUAUUCUGAUUCAUGCUUAUUAUUGGGCAUUCAUUAUUUUAUAGAACAGAGAAUGAAAAUUAAAAUAAUUCAGUUCGGUCAUGAUCAAUUGAUAUUUACAGUACACUUUUCUGUCGGUGGUAAAGGUGUCGUGCAGUAAAUAAAUGGGAAAAUUGGUUAUAUUUGCCUGUAUGUAUAAAACUGUGCAAUCCACAAAUUACUAAGUAGGUGUGAUAAAAGAACAUCUGAGUAAAUACUUUUGUUUUUUGUGCAUGGCAUUAAAGCAUGUGCAGUCUGUUUUAUUCUUUGCAGCUUAUCAAUACAGUUUAAAUUAGGCCUGUCAUGAUAAUGUUUUGUUGUUGUUGGUUGAUACAUUGUCAGAAAUUAUGGAGUUAAUAUAGUAUAAUAUAUAAUUUUAUGCUACUGAUAUGAAGAUAAUAUGAUAGCAUAUUCAUGAAAUUACACCCUUUUAAAGUGCAAUAAAUGUUUUGACAAUUAAGAAUUUUCAGACCUUACAUUUAGAAAAGGUCAGUGUCACAGGCUCGUUUACAAAAAUCUCACUAUAGAAUGGAUUGCAGUCUUGAGUCAUGAAUCAGAUCAUUUUUCAGAUAUAAGCAAAAUACUGAGACGAAUUUUCCUCACUGGCACAUCAUAGUGAUGCCAGUGAUGCUACUUCAAUUGUGAGACCAUGCUUAAUGUAUUACUAUUGUCAUUUAAUGAUAGACCAAUAAGGCAAAGUCAGACGGGGCAUUCUUAGCACCUUCUCAUGUCUCAUGCUUGUUUUUAAAAUGGAUGCAAUGCACACAUCACCAGGCCAAAGCGUUUUUUGUUUUCUUACAGCCUUUAAGAGUCAUUGCUUUGCUUCAAUAAACAGUGUGAAAGACUACAGUAGCAGUAAAACAGCAAUCCAUAUGAUUCUGGUUAAACUUUGGUAGUUAGUCCAUGUUACUAAAGUAUUGGAAAUUGGCUCUUUUCCAACACAAUAGGUCAGUAAAAAUGACCAAGAUCAUGUCCAUAUACAGCUCUGGAAAAAAAAUUAAGAGACCACCUCAGUUUCUGAAUCAGUUUCUCUGAUUUUGCUAAUUAUAAGUACAUAUUUGAGUAAAAUAAACAUUGUUGUUUUAUUUUGUAAACUACAGAAAACAUUUCACCCAAAUUCCAAAUGAAAAUGUUCUCAUUUAGAGCAUUUAUUUGCAGAAAAUGAGAAAUGGCUGAAAUAAAAAUAAACAUGCAGAGCUUUUAUACCUCAAAUAAUGCAAAGAACACAAACAAGUUCAUAUUCAUAAAGAGUUCAGAAAUCAAUAUUUGGUGGAAUAACCCUGGUUUUAAUCACAGUUAUCAUACAUCUUGGCAUGUCCUCAUCCACCAGUCUUACACACUGCUUUUGGAUAACUUUAUGCCACUCCUGGUGCAAAAAUUCAAGCAGUUCAGCUGGUUGAUGGUUGUGAUCAUCUGUCUUCCUCUUAAUUUUAUUCCAGAGGUUUUUGAUUUGGUCAAAUCAAGAAACUCAUCAUUUUUAAGUGGUCUCUUUUUUUGUUCCAGUGCUGUACAUUGUGCAAUAAGUCUAAUAAGUAAUUAUUGUGACAGGCCUAAUGUAAAUGGUUUGCUUUUAUUUGCAGUUCGCUCCUAUUUUUCUUUUUCACCAAUAAUUGUUUACAUUGAUGAUGUAUUGUAUCAUAUGUAUUAUAUGUAUUAUACAUAUACAGUAUAUGUGAUAUUGUGAUGUUCUUCAUGGCAAUUUUCAUAAAGGUGCAGUACAAAAAAUGCAUAAA